GAUCUCCAAGCCAAGGUGUUGAGAUCAUCAAUUGCAGCUCGCUGAUACAAGUCGCCUGCGAGCGCAUUCACAUCGCCAACAAGCUACACGAGCCUAGCCCAGAGGCCCGCCGUUACCAUGCAGUUCUCUUCAAAGUCGUUCAAAGCGACGCUUCCCAACACGCUCGCCGCCAAAUACCGCAAAGCGCUGCAGAAGCACCCGUUCGCACUCUUUGGGCUGCCGUUCCUUGCAACGAUUGUCGCCGGCUCGUUUCUGCUCACACCCGCCACCGCGCUGCGCUAUGAGCGAUACGAUCGUAAGAACCAGCAAAUAAGUCAAGAACAGGCAAUGGGCCUGGGGCAGAAUCGAAGGAAGGUCAACAUGAAGGAUGAAUACUACAGAUUACAAGCCAAGGACCUCGAGGACUGGGAGCAGAGGCGUGUCAAGCGCCUGCCUGGCGAGCCGGACGGCACACUUGUUUGAGCUUCGAUGC